AAGCGGCUCAGCCUGAGAGGCGUGGACGUUUUUCCUCGUUCAAAAAGCUCUUAUUAGGACCCGAAACACGCUCUGCUCAAUGACCGUAAUGCGAAUCUGAGUCUUUGCUCGGCCACCGCGAUUGUGGAACAAGGCGGAGUCCAGAAGAUUCUCGGACCUAUUCCAGGCCCACGAGCGUGAACAGAGUGUAUUCGAAUCCUCUCCCAGGUGUGACACGUGCUUUCGGCUCAACGAUCGGGAUCGUUCCCGGGGCAACGAACGAAUUUGGCGAAACUGACCGUGCUCUAGAAAAGUGUUUCCAACCGAGUUCUAUUUCCCAUCUCCUACCAGGGAGUGCAUGAUCGAUCUGUCAUCGAGUCCGGGAGAGCGCCGGUCAUCCGGGGGAUUUUCUCUGUUUUUCCGAAUUUUACCAUCGAGAACUUACCGGCGUGGACUGUUUAUCGGUGGAGAGCUCUCUGGAAUCGGCGAUAUGACGAGCCAUCGUUAAUUGGUAGCUCGUGUCGUGAUCUUUUCGCAUCGGCCGCGGUCGCCGGCCCGCUGCUGUCACUCAGACGGAUUUUCCUUCUUUAAGAGUUCGCUCAGUUCCAUUUUGCUCGCGAUUCACACGAAGCUGCCCUUGCCGACUGCAGUCCUCGCUAUAAAACAUCACAACACCCAUCUUUGCUUUUCACAAACACUCGACACUUCCGAAUCCCGAGCGGAUAAUCGGAAGCUGUGACAGCGAGCGUGUUGCUUGAAACCGGGCUCCGAUCGCUCUACGGCAACGUUCUCACGGCGUCCCCAAACGACCGACGAUGGAAUCGAUUUCCGGCAUUUGGCAGAGCUAUGGACUCAAGCAGGACCCGCGGACCUACGGCUACCCGCUUGUCACGAACCCGGUGUUCGUCAGUACCGUUAUCGCAACCUAUCUUUACAUCGUUCGGAAUGGUGAGCGUUGGAUGGAAGACCGGAAGCCGAUGGAUCUCCGAUGGGUUAUGCGGGUCCACAACUUGUUCAUGGUGAUCGCGAACGUGGCCUUCAUCGCGAUAUGUUUCCCGCUGACCUACGGCAAUGGGUCCUACUCGCUCUUCUGCCAGGGCAUCACAGGACGCGACGACUACGCGAGCCGCCUCCUCAUCCGUUCGGGCUUCUAUUACAUCUUCGUGCGGUACCUCGACUUCUUCGACACGUUCUUCUUCAUCCUGAAGAAGAAAUUCAGCCAUGUGAGCAAUUUACACGUCAUACAUCACACGAUCGUAGCGUUCAACGCCUCGUUCUUCUUCGGCUUCGCACCCGAAGGCCAGCCGGGACUGGGACUGUUCAUCAACGCAUCGAUUCACGUCAUCAUGUAUGGGUACUACUUCAUGGCGACAUUCCCCGCACUCAGGAAGUACCUUUGGUGGAAAAAAUAUCUCACGCAGCUCCAGAUCGGGCAAUUCAUUUUCGCGAUUUUCCACAUGAGCAUACCCCUAGUUUACGACUGUGGAUUUCCAAGAUACUUGGUGUAUUUUGCCACGAGUCAGGUCAUUCUGAUUCUCGGCCUGUUCUUGAAUUUCUACGUGAAGACCUAUCUGACUCGUCGGCGGGAGGAGCGAGAACAAGUACUUGCGGCGAUCACCCCGCCCGCGACAGAGCCCAAGAAACAGCUCUAGGCUCGAACAGAAUGGAGAAUCAUGAUUUCCGAAAUAGAUGUAUUUAUGAGCUUCUGACGUAUGGCACUCGGAUACUCCAAACGAGAUCGAGUGGCAACCGAUUGAGACGAAAUAAAGCUCCACUGACGUAUGAAUGGCCGGGUGUGAAAACCCGACGACA